CCAAGAUGGCGGCGCCCUUUGUCUGUUCCGUGUCACUCUGAGUGUCGGCGCUGCUCGUCGGGAUUAUGUGACGCGCGCGGGAUGGCAGCCAUGCACUUCCCGCAGCACAGCGCGCGCGUCCUGGAGCAGCUGAACCAGCAGCGGCAGCUGGGCCUGCUCUGCGACUGCACCUUCGUGGUGGACGGCAUCGACUUCAAGGCCCACAAGGCGGUGCUGGCGGCCUGCAGCCACUACUUCCGCAUGCUCUUCGUGGACCAGAAGGACGUGGUGCACCUGGACAUCAGCAACGCGGCAGGUCUGGAACAGGUCCUCGAGUUCAUGUACACAGCCAAGCUGAGCCUGAGCGUGGAAAACGUGGAUGACGUCCUGGCGGUUGCGAGUUUCCUCCAGAUGCAGGAGAUCAUCAGCGCUUGCAACACUCUGAGGGCACUUUCGGGUUCAGGGCCAGCAGAAACUGGCCCAAGUCAGGAGGGCCCCUCGGCAGCUGGGCAGGAGAAGAUGGCUGGCGAGAAUGCAGCUGUGGUGGGCACCCCCAGCGAGGCCAAGGAAACCCUGCAGGCUCUGCCCAGUGGGCUGAGGAAGGACGAGGCCGCGGACCUUGCUGAGGAGAUGAAGGAGAGGGUGGUGGCCAAAGCUGGGGAGGGGCUUGCUGCAGGUGAGCCUGUGGGAGAAGCCGCCUUUGGUCUGCCUGAGAACCCGCAGCUGGAUGGUCCCUCCCUUGGAGAUAGCGCUGCUUCCAAGGCCCCCUCUUCUGGGGCCACAGAGGCCGACCCCCCAGUGUUGAAACUUCCUGCUGCGAUGGAGGUGGCGCUGGAAGAGAGAGAAGGCGAGCCCCUGUUGGAGGCAGAGGCAACCAUCCGGUUCCCUGAGCCGAAAGAAUCCAGGCUGGCUAAUGGCAACGCCCCUGAAGAGAAUGACUCCGGGGGCACCGACUCCGGGCAAGAGAACGCAGGUGAAAUGAGGCUCUUGCGCUCAGGAACAUACAGCGAGCGGACCGAGUCCAAAGCCUAUGGGUCAGUCACUCACAAGUGUGAGGACUGCGGGAAGGAGUUCACUCACACGGGCAACUUUAAACGGCAUAUUCGCAUCCACACGGGCGAGAAGCCCUUUUCCUGCCGGGAGUGCAGCAAGGCCUUUUCUGACCCAGCGGCCUGCAAGGCCCAUGAAAAGACGCACAGCCCCUUGAAGCCAUACAGCUGUGAGGAGUGUGGCAAGAGCUACCGCCUGAUCAGCCUCUUGAACUUGCACAAAAAGCGCCACACGGGUGAGGCCAAGUACCGCUGCGAGGACUGCGGCAAGCUCUUCACCACUUCAGGCAACCUCAAGCGCCACCAGUUGGUGCACAGCGGAGAGAAGCCCUACCAGUGCGACUACUGUGGCCGUUCCUUCUCUGACCCCACCUCCAAGAUGCGCCACCUGGAGACGCAUGACACGGACAAGGAGCACAAAUGCCCCCACUGCGAGAAGAAGUUCAACCAGCAGGUGGGGAACCUCAAGGCCCACUUGAAGAUCCAUAUCGCCGAUGGGCCGCUGAAAUGCCGGGAGUGUGGGAAGCAGUUCACCACCUCAGGCAACCUGAAGAGGCAUUUGCGCAUCCACAGCGGGGAAAAGCCCUACGUCUGUGUGCAUUGCCAGCGCCAGUUUGCUGACCCUGGAGCUCUUCAGCGCCACGUCCGCAUCCACACUGGCGAAAAACCUUGCCAGUGUCUGAUCUGUGGCAAGGCUUUCACCCAGGCCAGCUCACUUAUUGCACAUGUGCGCCAGCACACGGGGGAGAAGCCCUACGUCUGCGAACGCUGCGGCAAGAGGUUCGUCCAGUCGAGCCAGCUAGCCAACCACAUUCGGCACCAUGACAACAUCCGGCCCCAUAAGUGCAGCGUCUGCAACAAGGCCUUUGUCAAUGUCGGAGACCUUUCCAAACACAUCAUCAUCCACACAGGUGAAAAGCCGUUCCUCUGUGACAAGUGCGGCCGUGGGUUCAACCGUGUGGACAACCUUCGCUCCCAUGUGAAAACAGUCCACCAGGGCAAAGCCGGGAUGAAGCUACUGGAAGGUGGAGAAGGUGAUGAACUCAACAUUGUGACUGUGGCUUCAGAUGAGAUGGUGACGCUUGCCACAGAAGCACUAGCAGCCACGGCUGUCACGCAACUCACAGUGGUCCCUGUGGCAGCUCCAGUCACGGCAGAUGAGACGGAAGCGUUGAAGGCGGAAAUCACCAAGGCGGUGAAGCAGGUGCAAGAAGCAGACCCCAACACCCAGAUUCUCUACGCCUGUGACUCGUGUGGGGAGAAGUUCUUAGACGCCAACAGCUUGGCCCAGCACGUGCGCCUCCACACAGCACAAGCCUUGGUCAUGUUCCAGGCAGACACAGACUUCUACCAGCAGUAUGGAGCCACGACAGCAUGGCAGUCCGAGCAAGUCCUCCAGUCUGGCGAGCUCCUCUUCCGGGCUCGAGACGGACCCGAGGCACAGCCCUCCUCCACAGAUGCCCCCCGGCCUGCUGGGGUAGCAGAUUCUGCAGAGUGAAAUGGCGGCGGGGGGGGGGGGGUUUGCUGUUGGACUCGGUUAUCGUUCAGAGUUAGGAUUCAGCUGAGUCUGCUGACAAGGGGGGGGGAACCCCUCCCUGUCAUGCCGGAGCAUCAUUGAAGAGGGCUCCUUAUAGGAGACAAAGCUACAUUCUACUCCUAGAAACAAGCUAUUUCUGACUGAGAAUCAACCAUCCGUGUGAAUACUUAGAAGAA